AUGGCCCCCGACGACACUUUCUCACGCCGCGCAUCGGUGACGCAGCAGCGCCGCCUGUCGCAACAGUUCAAGAGAAAUGCCUGGUUGGCACCUCCUUCUGAUACCAUUUAUGCAGGAGUUUCGGGCUACUUCGCCAGCCACCAUUCUUCUACAAUCGCCCUCGCAAUCCGGGACCCCACAUAUCUACUAGACUUCAUUCAAAAGGAGAUCCAGCCGGACGAGGAGCGACCCUGCGAAGAGCUGGCCGUCGAAUUCAUUUUGGCCGAGCUGAAGAAAUAUGCAGAAACCCACUUAGAGAAAAUCAUGGGAAUAGCGAUGCCCAGGCAUGUCGCAGAUUGUUGCAAGGGCCUCUGCUCCCGUCUCUGGGCGGAGCUUGAUAUCAUCCCCCUCGUCCUACCGGAAUACAGCCUCGUAGACCGCUUCACAACUCGUCGUCCAUCGCAUCCACGAACCUGGGAUGUAAAAACAAUCGAUGAACAAGCCGAGUCCAUGGCGCGAAAAUCCGUUAGGUUCAUUGUUUGGUCCGGAAAACAUCCCUUGCUGCAGGUCGGUCUGAUGGGCCUCGUGGAAGUUGACACGGGAUUCCACGUGCGAUUGACCGACCUCGAGGAUUUCCAAAAGACCGUCUCCGACAGGACCUGGUCGGCGGUGCAACAAUAUGCGUCCGACCUAAAGCACCGCAAGGUGAAGAUUGCCUUUUUCAGCGCGACUCCGCAGGGUGGAGGCGUGGCUUUGAUGAGACAUGCUCUCGUGCGAUUUUCGAAUUCUCUGGGCACGGACAUCAAAUGGUACGUUCCGAAGCCGCGGCCGGGCGUUUUUCGAAUCACCAAGAACAAUCACAAUAUUCUCCAGGGUGUUGCUCGCCCAGAGGAACGUCUUACUACGGCAAGUCAGACGUUGUUGCGAGAAUGGAUUGAGGAAAACGCCAAGCGAUACUGGACUGGGCCCGGGGGUCCUCUCUGCGCACCAUCUGAUGGCGGCGCCGAUAUUUUGAUUGUCGAUGAUCCUCAGAUGCCAGGAUUGAUACCCAUUGCCAAAAAGGCAGAUCCAAAUCGGCCCAUCAUCUUUCGAAGUCACAUUCAAAUUCGAAGUGACUUGGUCGCGACCGCCGGAAGCCCCCAGGCCGAAUUAUGGGAGUUCCUCUGGAACGAUAUAAAACUGUCGGAUUGCUUUAUCAGUCAUCCAGUGUGCACCUUUGUACCGCAUGACGUGCCGCCGAAGAUCGUGGGCUAUAUGCCGGCCACAACCGACUGGUUGGAUGGAUUGAACAAGAACAUGCGAGACUGGGACGUGGCGCACUAUGGCCGAAUUUUCAAUGCUGCCUACCAGUAUAUCGUGCAGAUAGCGCGGUUCGACCCGUCCAAGGGAAUAUUCGACGUGCUGGAUUCGUACGUAAAGUUUCAUGAUCGACUCGUGCGUGACAGGACUCAUAAAACUCCGCCAAAGCUAUUGAUCUGCGGUCAUGGCUCGGUUGAUGACCCCGACGGUGCGGUGAUUUACGACGAGGCGAUGUAUUACAUUGACCACCAGAUCCCGCAUCUCCGAGAUCAGAUUUGCGUCAUGCGGCUGAGACCCUCGGAUCAAGUUUUGAACGCCCUCAUGUCCAAGGCCACCAUUGCAUUGCAGCUAUCGACGCGCGAGGGCUUCGAGAUUAAAGUCUCCGAGGCAAUUCACAAGGGCAAACCCGUCAUUGCUACGCGCGCCGGUGGAAUCCCCUUGCAGAUCGAAAACAACAAAAACGGGUUUCUCGUGGAUGUCGGUGAUACCGAUGCGGUUGCACAACAUCUGUACGAUUUGUGGACGGAUAAUGCCCUCUACCGCCGCAUGUCGGAGUAUGCGCUCAGCCACGUCUGCGAUGAGGUGAGUACGGUGGGGAAUGCGCUGAACUGGCUUUAUCUUGCGUCGAAACUGUCCAAGGGUCAGCUUGUGCAACCCAAUGGUCGUUGGAUCAACGAUCUAGCCUUUGAGGAGCUCGGGGUACUUGUUUUGAAGGAUAUACCGCGGCUAACUCGGGAGGUACAUGUGGAAAAGAUGGGAUAG